AUGACGGUGGUGCUUUCCAUCAUGGUACUUUGUGCAGAUGCAAUGCAAUGUUUAAAGAGGAAAAAACAACAUGAACAGAAUAUUGAAACGCUUGGAAAUUUUCAACUGCGCAUUCAUGACCAGAUGAUAAUGCUAGAAGGCGCAAAAGCUACAACAGAGACAGUUGAUGCUUUGAGAACUGGUGCAGCUGCAAUGAAGGCCAUGCAGAAGGCUAUGAAUAUUGAUGAUGUGGACAAAACAAUGGAUGAGAUCAAUGAGCAAACUGAGUGUAUGAAACAGAUUCAGGAAGCAUUAUCAGCACCUACUGGUGCAGCAGCUGAUUUUGACGAAGAUGAAUUGGAGGCAGAACUGGAAGAGGCCGAGUUGGAGGAACAGCUCCUACAGCCGGCCACAACUGCCCCUGCUGCUCCAGUUCAGGUGCCUGCUGGCAGGCAACCCGCACGCCCAGCACCCCAUAGGAACACGGCUGAGGAGGAUGAACUUGUUGCAUUGCAGGCAGAAAUGGCCCUUUGA